AUGCGCAGAGCAGAACUUCCUGUCUGGCAGGAUUUUUCUCGGUCUGCAGCCAGAAAGCCAAGUUUGUGGGUUUUGCUAGGAAAACUAUCUUUUGCUCAAACACACACAUAUCUAUCUAUCUAUCUAUCUAUCUAUAUAUCUAUCUAUCUAAUUAAAGCUUUCAUCCUAUCUAUCUAUCUAUCUAUCUAUCUAUCUAUCUAUCUACGUUUUGUACGAGACGAAGCGAAACUAAGCAAAUAUGUAAGGCACCUAGCCUUGAACGAUGAUGAACAAACCAGUCUCGCAGCCUGCGACUUGUCAGAACACAAUUAUUCCACCUACAACGUAAACUUGAUCUAUCUAUCUAUCUAUCUAUCUAUCUAUCUAUCUAUCUAUCUAUCUAUCUAUCUAUCUAUCUAUCUAUCUAUCUAUCUAUCUAUAGAUAGCACAGUGUGUUCUAUCUAUCUAUCUAUCUAUCUAUCUAUCUAUCUAUCUAUCUAUCUAUCUAUCUCUUUCAGUGUGUUCUAUUGUUUUUCUUUUUCCCUUUUCUUUUCCUCUUUUCUUUUUCUUUUUCCCUUUUCUUUUUCUUUUCCUCUUUUCUUUUUCUUUUUCCCUUUUCUUUUUCUUUUCCUCUUUUCUUUUUCUUUUUCCCUUUUCUUUUUCUUUUUCCCUUUUCUUUUUCUUUUCCUCUUUCUUUCGCUUUAA